AUGGGAGUUUGUACUUCUUAGGAUGUUCCAAAGAAUUAGAAUACAGAAGAUGAUUAUCUAAAACUUGAUUUUAACAGAAUUUCAACAUAUUAAAAGUUGGAAGAUAUUGCAAACAAAAUUGCAGCAUGUAACAUAACAUUAGAAUAUAAUUAGAACAAAAAAUAGAUGCAAUAUUUUCAUCAUUAAUAUAAAGAAUUAUUGCUUCUCGAUAAACUCAUAUUUUAAAUCUAUUAGAAAAUAUUGAUGUUAAAAAAAAACAAAAAUUUUUAACAAGAUUAGAACGCAUUGACUUUGAAUUGAUUGAUUCUGUAAUGAAAUUAAAUAAAUUAAAUUAGCUUUUUCAUCAUUGUUAUAAAUAAAACAAAGUAGAUGCAUUUUAAUGUAAUGUAAUUUAAAGUAUUAAUUGUUAAGAGUAAAAUUUAGAUUUGAUAAAGGUAUAUAAUUAUAAUUAAAUUAAGGAAAAUAAAGUGGGAAUAAUAUUAUUAUGUGGAGGUCGUAGUUCUCGAUUUUAUGAUAAAUUAUUAGGUGAUAUAGGGCUUCCAUCUUAAAAAUGUGUUUUUUAAAUAAUAAUGGAAAGAUUAAAAAAGAUUUUAAUGAUUGGUAAUAAUUAAUAAUUUAAAUGUUAAAGCAAAUGAGAAUAGAGAGAUAAUAGAUUAUCCGAUUGGUAUUUUGUUAUCAGAUUAAAAUUCAGAGAGAUUGUAGACAUAUUUAAAAAGUUAAAAAGAUUUUGGAUUUAAAUAAAUAAGUUUUUUAUAAUAGAAAUCAUUACCAGUGAUCGAUGAUAAAGGAUAAGUAGUAUUUGAAUAAGAGAGUGAAGCAAUAAUGACACCAGAGGGCACUGGUACAAUAUUGUUAUAAUUGAAUUCAUUUAUAAAGUAAAAGGGUUUUAGAUAAUUUCAGUAAAUUUCCAAAUAUGGAGUAUAUUCAUUUCUUGGGUUUAGAUAAUUUAGUAGGAUUGCCAUUAGAUCCAAAAAUGUUGAAUCUUAUUUGUAAAUAGAAAGCUGAUGCUUUAUGCAAAGUCAUCGAAACUAAUUCAAUAUUGGAUGAUAGAUUAUUUUAUUAAAAUAGCUAAUUUAAGACAAUAGAAGAGUAAGAUUCCAGUAUAACAGAGAAUUCAUACAAUUAAACUUAAAUGUGUCUGAAUGAUUUAUACCUAUCUGUUUCUUUUCUCAAUUCAUUGAAAUAGAAUCAUGAUAAAGCAUUGAGAUUAAAUCAAAGAUUCCACUCUAUAAAAAGAGGAACUGUAAUUUAAUUUGAAAAACACAUUUAAGAUAUUUUAGAAGUAACUGAUUUAACAAUCUUAUAUUCAACAGAUGAUUAUGCUUUAUUAAUUGAUGAUCCAAAAAAAGCUGUUAUUUAAUUAUCUAAUGUACAUAAGAGAUAUUUAAAAUUAGAAGGAACAUUAGAAGAUGAUUUAAUUGAAAUUUCUCCUUAAAUGAGUUAUUGUGGGGAAGAUCUUUAAAAAAUUACAAAUCCAACAUAUCCUAUGAUUAUAUGA